ACGCGGUUACACUGGGGAUUUCGUGUCUGGUAACACUGUUCCGUAUUCUGAAGCUCGCAGCAUUAAUUUUAUAAUAAUUAAUUCCUGCCGUAAUGCAACGCGGCAUUGACUCCUUUUUCAAACGGCUGCCGGCCAAGGCGAAAAGUGCCGAGGCCGAAAAUGGAGAGACGCCGUCGAAGGCGCCAAAACGCAGGAAAGCCGUGAUAAUUUCCAGCGACGAGGACGAGGUGGUCAGUCCGCCGGAGACCAAGAAACGCAAGGCUUCGAAGACAGCAUCCAGCGAGGAUGAUGUGGUGGCCGCCACACCGGAACCGAUUGCGAAGAAGGCCAGGAACGGGCAGAAACCAGCGCUCUCCAAGCUUAAGCGGCACGUAGAUCCUACGGAGCUUUUCGGUGGAGAAACCAAACGGGUGAUUGUGCCCAAGCCGAAGACCAAAGCUGUUCUCGAGUUCGAGAACGAAGACAUUGACCGGAGUUUAAUGGAAGUUGAUCUGGACGAGAGUAUCAAAGAGGCUGCCCCCGAAAAAAAGGUUCACUCGAUAACCAGGAGCUCUCCCUCGCCUAAAAGAGCAAAGAACAGCAGCCCGGAACCGCCAAAACCCAAGUCAACAAAAUCCAAAGCCACCACUCCGCGUGUGAAGAAGGAGAAACCUGCGGCAGAUCUAGAAUCCAGUGUCCUAACAGACGAGGAACGCCACGAGCGUAAACGUGCUUCCGCCGUGCUCUACCAGAAGUACAAAAACCGCAGUUCGUGCCUGAACCCCGGCAGCAAAGAAAUUCCAAAGGGAUCCCCGGAUUGUCUGAGUGGCUUAACCUUUGUCGUAACCGGAGUCCUCGAGUCCAUGGAACGAGAGGAGGCGGAGUCCGUGAUCAAGGAGUAUGGCGGAAAGGUGAUGACCGUGGUUGGAAAGAAACUCAAGUAUCUGGUCGUAGGAGAAGAGGCUGGACCAAAGAAAUUAGCUGUGGCUGAGGAACUCAAUAUACCCAUUCUCAGCGAGGACGGGCUCUUCGAUCUAAUCAGGGAGAAAUCAGGAAUCGCUAAGCAGGUAAAGGAAGAGAAGAAAAGCCCGAAGAAGGAGCACAGCUCCGAGGAGAAAGGGAAAAAGGAAGUCAAGACUUCUAGAAGGUCCAGUGAUAAAAAGGAGAAGGAAGCCACUAAACUGAAAUAUGGCGAGAAGCAUGAUAUCGCCAAACAUAAAGUCAAGGAAGAACACACUUCCCCGAAGGAGACGAAGGAUAAGCUUAAUGAUGUACCAGCUGUUACCUUGAAAGUAAAAAAAGAGCCCAGCUCCCAGAAAGAACACCCUCCGUCGCCAAGAACUGCCGAUCUGAAGACUCUGGAUGUGGUCGGGAUGGCCUGGGUGGACAAGCACAAGCCUACGAGCAUAAAAGAAAUCGUUGGCCAGGCAGGAGCCGCCAGCAACGUGACCAAUCACAAUUUGAAACUGAAAGCCAAACAGGAGAGGGUUAAAGUUUUACAUUAUUUUAAUUUUCCUAGGCUGAUGAACUGGUUGUCCAAGUGGUAUGUUAACCAUGAUGGAAACAAGAAGCCCCAACGGCCCAAUCCUUGGGCCAAGAACGACGACGGCAGCUUCUACAAGGCGGCCCUACUUUCGGGACCCCCUGGAAUAGGAAAGACCACGACGGCGACUCUGGUAGUGAAGGAGCUUGGCUUCGAUGCGGUGGAGUUCAACGCCUCCGACACACGCAGCAAACGCUUGCUCAAGGAUGAAGUGUCCACGCUGCUGAGCAACAAAUCCCUCUCCGGUUACUUUACAGGGCAAGGCCAAGCGGUCUCCCGCAAGCAUGUGCUCAUAAUGGACGAAGUUGAUGGCAUGGCCGGUAACGAGGACCGUGGUGGAAUGCAGGAGCUGAUUGCCUUGAUCAAGGAUAGCUCUAUUCCAAUUAUUUGCAUGUGUAAUGAUCGCAACCAUCCAAAAAUUCGAUCCCUGGUUAACUAUUGCUACGAUCUGCGAUUUCAGAGGCCUCGCCUCGAGCAAAUCAAAGGGAAAAUAAUGAGCAUCUGCUUUAAGGAAAAAGUAAAGAUAUCACCGGCCAAAGUGGAAGAAAUCAUAGCGGCUACCAACAACGAUAUUCGGCAAUCCAUUAACCACAUUGCCCUGCUGAGCGCCAAGGAAGACGCUUCCCAAAAGUCAGGGCAGCAGGUUGCCACCAAGGAUCUGAAGCUGGGACCCUGGGAGGUGGUGCGAAAAGUCUUCACCGCGGACGAGCACAAACACAUGUCUUUUGCCGACAAGAGCGACCUUUUCUUUCACGACUACAGCCUGGCCCCGCUCUUUGUGCAGCAAAACUAUCUGCAGGUCCUACCACAGGGAAACAAAAAGGAUGUCCUGGCAAAGGUGGCAGCUACGGCAGAUGCCCUAAGCUUGGGUGACCUUGUUGAAAAGCGUAUUCGUGCGAAUUCUGCUUGGAGUCUUCUACCCACUCAGGCCUUUUUCAGCUCGGUCCUUCCUGGCGAGCACAUGUGUGGCCACUUCACUGGACAGAUUAACUUUCCCGGGUGGCUGGGCAAGAAUUCCAAGUCUGGAAAACGUGCCAGGCUGGCCCAGGAGCUGCAUGAUCAUACUAGGGUCUGCACCUCGGGCUCAAGGCUAUCAGUGAGGCUGGAUUACGCCCCCUUCCUUCUGGAUAAUAUUGUGCGACCUCUUGCAAAGGAUGGGCAGGAGGGUGUGCCCGCUGCUUUAGACGUUAUGAAGGAUUACCAUCUACUCCGUGAGGAUCUGGACUCGCUGGUCGAGCUUACAUCCUGGCCCGGCAAGAAAUCCCCACUGGACGCAGUGGAUGGGAGAGUAAAAGCCGCUUUAACGCGAUCCUACAACAAGGAGGUUAUGGCAUACUCCUAUUCCGCUCAAGCAGGCAUCAAAAAGAAGAAAUCAGAGGCUGCUGGAGCGGAUGACGAUUACUUGGACGAGGGUCCGGGCGAAGAGGACGGAGCUGGUGGCCACUUAUCAUCAGAGGAAGACGAGGACAAGGACAACCUAGAGCUGGAUAGUUUGAUCAAAGCCAAAAAGAGGACAACUACGUCAAAAGCGUCUGGUGGAUCCAAAAAGGCUACAUCUUCCACGGCUUCAAAGUCUAAGGCCAAGGCCAAAAAGUGAAUGCACUAACGAUUUCCUAUAUUAUAUGAUGAUUUUUUUGCCAUCAAAUUUCCCAUUUGUAAGUAGUUUUUGUUUAAAAUCUCAUGAAUGGCCGGCACUGGCCGACACUGUUUAUACUGCUGAAAAUAUAUAUUUACCAAUAAAAUAUGUGCUUG